GCAGGAAGAAACCAGACGAGUUGACGACAGUCACUCUUUCUGACAUCAAAGUUACAGCAUUUUCCCGUUCCUUUCGUUUGUUUGAGUCAUGUGAGGGGACCUGUAAUGUCCACAGAGCAGGAUAAAGAUUCAUUCUCUCUAAAACGAAACCGAGGAGGUGAAGGUGGGCUGGAUAAUUUAGGGGGUCCUGGUCUGCUUCUUGGAAGCCCUGAUAAAAAGAGACGCAAGUCUAGCACACAGGCGCCCCCAUUCUCUCCUCUCUCUGAAUUUGCCCCUCCGUUAAAUCCCAACUCGGAUCAUUUGAUAGCUGCCAACCCUUUCGAUGACAACUACAACUCGCCAUCCCUGAAGCCACUCCCCCCUGCUAACCCCUGUUUUGCCCAUUCCCAUUACCCAGGGCUCAGUGGCUAUGGGCCGCCCAGGAUGCCCCCCCAUAUGUCCAACAGAAUGCCCUUUCCAUACAGCACCCCUUACCAGGUGCGAAACCAGCCCCAUCAUUUCUCCCGGAACCCCAUGAUCAUGGGUUUCAACCAGGCACUGGGAUUUAACUACAGGCAUCCCGAGAACUCCAAUUAUAGGCACCGGUUUAGUGGUAGCAUCAAUAACAUGCCGCUUCCUCCAGGGCAGCAUUUUAGACCGGGUUCAGGAGAGAAUGCCAAUCAAAUUCCACUUCAGAACCUGAACUGCAUUCCUGAUUGUGGACCAGGUUUCGGUCAAGAGGGCAACGGAAUGAGUCCUAACCUCUCUCAGCAACAAAAUAAUUUUGCUCAGUCCAACAUGCCAACACCCAAACUGGGUGUGAGUGAAACCGUGAACAAAAACGCCACGCAGAACCCAUCGCCAAGGAAACAAAACCAGGACUGUGAAGAGAGCGCAGCUCAGGAGCUGAAGGAAAAGGGCCGAGGGAACACACCUGCCGCUGUGGACAGAGGUGUCGAAAAACUCAACGGUGUCUUUCACCCCAAUAACGAAGCCUUGAAGAAGUCGCCACGACCUUCUGUUGAUGCACAAGUGGAGAGAGUUCGUAGGGGCAGCUGCAACAGCACUAGUGCUUUGACAAAUAAUAAAGUCCUGAACCACCCUAACAGACGGAGCACAUUGUCUUCGUCCGAGCCCAUGUACCCGUGUGGCAUCUGCCUGAGCGAAGUGAACGAUGAUCAAGAAGCCAUUUUGUGCGAGGCUUCGUGUCAGAAAUGGUUCCACAGAGAUUGCACAGGGAUGACCGAGAUGGCGUACAAUCUGCUAACGGCAGAGACGUCUGCGGUUUGGGGUUGCGACGCUUGCAUGGAGGACAAGGGAGCACAACUGCUCAAAACCCGAGAGGUACUCGUGCCACCUUCGGUUACCAGCGAGGCACAAUCAUGAGAUGACUUCCAGUCCAAAUCAGUUGUUUCUCUUCUAUUUGAACCAAGUUCCAAAGUUUUUGCGGCUCCUCUGGUCUCUAUUUUCAAGCUAGAUCUCUAAAAGAUCUGAAUUAGGGGCUGUUCAGUCCAAACGUGUUCUUGCGUUACAAAAGGUUGAUGCAGCACAGUGAAUACAACAGAACGCAGCUGUCUUAAAAAGUAUUUUUAAAAGUUGAAGAUCUUUUUAACUUGAAACAGCAUCGAAAAACAUGAUGCUCCAGCAGGAGAUGCGGCACAACAACAAACAAAUAUGCCCAUCUAGUGCAUGUUUAUGUAGAAAAAGAAAGAAGAUGGAUGCAGAAAUGCUUACGAUGUGAAAAGCCCCUAAGGUUUGAUUAAAUGUUUCAUCCCAAAAUGAAAGUUCUAUCAUCAUUUAAUCACCUUUAUGUUGUUCCAGACCUAUAUGACUUUCUUUCUUCUAUGGAGCACAGCAGGAGAUGCUGCUCUUGUCCAUUCAAUGAAAGCAUCAAGAAUGGGGCCUGGGUAGGUAAAAGACGCUGGCUACCACCCCUGGAGUUCGCUAGUUCGAAUCCCAGGGCGUUCUGAGUGACUCCAGCCAGAUCUUCUAAGCAACCAAAUUGGCCUGGUUGCUAGGGAGGGUAGAGUCACAUGGGGUGAUCUCCUCGUGGUCGCUAUAAUGUGUUUCGUUCUCGGUGGGGCGCGUGGUGAGUUGAGCGUGGAUGGCGUGAAGCCUCCACACGAGCUAUGUCUCCGUGGCAACGUGCUCAACAACCCACGUGAUAAGAUGCGCGGGUUGACGGUCUCAGACGCGGAGGCAGCUGGGAUUCGUCCUCUGCCACCUGGACUGAGGCGAAUCACUACGCGACCACGAGGACUUAAAAGCGCAUUGGGAAUUGGGAGAAAAAGGUGAAAAAAUAAAUAAAUGAAUGCAUCAAGACGCAUUGCAUGUCAGUGACGCCAAAUGUCAUGAGUCUCGUAACCAACAUGACACAGCAAGUGUACAGAUGUUAUUCACUGUGUACAGUGAAUAACAUCUAAAAUUUCAUUUGUUGCUCACACAAAGCUAUAUCUGUAGAAAUGUGGAAUAUUGUGCACGAGUUGGAUGGACUACUUUUAUGCUUUUUAGUCUUUUUGGGGGCUUGAAAGACGUGGUCACUGAAUGCUUUUGUUGAAAAAUUGCAGCGUGAUCAUUCUGAAAAAUAUCUCUUAAACAGAAAGUCGUACAGUAUUGUGUUUCCCAAAAGCUUCGUUAGCGAACUAUGGGCGCAAGUUUCAUCGUUACCAACAUAGUUCAAUUUGAUGUUCCUGGAAUCGUAGUUCCAAUGAAAAUUCGCAAACAGCAUCACAAAGUUGCGUGGUUGGAACUACAGCUUUUCGCCUGUGGUUAGAAGAGUUCCUUGUUAGUUUGCUGUGUGGACAUCAUUUCACUUCACUGAGGCUUCUGAAUCUUUUAUUCCAUAUAUAUCUUUCGAUCUGUCAAGACUUUGACCACAUUUACAUGCAUUUAAGAAAACAAUUUAUUCCAGGGUUUUGCAGAAACAGUUGUUCUGAUACGUAUGUAAACGUGAGUGCAGCCGUUUAAGGGAUGCAGCUGGAAAGGCUGUUGAGAGAAAUUGCUUUAUCAUACACAGUUUCUGGUGGGAACACAGCUUUUAUGUGUUUAUGUUAACACAUAAGUGGCGUUAAUAUGUUUUUGAAAAGUGCGCAUGUGUGUAUAUGCUCAAGUGCGUCAUAUGAACACUGAAGUGUAAUAUAUAGGGAAACCCCAAUAUUGCAGCGCAAUGUACCUGUCACAUUACAAAGUGCAUGCAGCUUUCGUGUCUUCCGCAAUUUUCUCACAUUAAACAGCUUUCUGAUGAACGGGUAAAUGAGCUAUUAAAUUUUAAUAUUUGUGGAAGUUAUUAUCCCACCCCACAUAAGUUACAUUGUUGUACAGGAAAUGCACCCCAGGUUUGCAACAAUGUGAGGAUGAGUAAAUGAUGACAGAUUUAAUUUUUUCUGGGUGAAUUAUUCCUAUAAAUGGAGUGCUCUACAUGCUUGUUGGGAUUAGAUAUGGAGAUCAGACUGUGCUUUUCAUUUUUACAUUUUUCACCAAAUUGAGAAAUCGUUGGUCGAGGUCAGAUGUUUUUCUUUGACUCACCCUGAUCAAACUAUAAAUCAUAUGAAACAUUUAAUAUCUGUAAAGCUACAAACACUUUGAUUUGAAUGAUGAUGGUGUUUUUUUUUAUUUUUUAUUAUUAGUAUUACUAUUUUUCUAACAUUGUCUUAAGAAUUUGCCCAUAUUAACUGUAAAUCUUACAGUGUGUAUCCAAGUUUCAUACAUCUCCAACAACUCUAAACAUAACAAGCAUCUUUUCAUUCUCUUUAUCCAGAAAAGUGCUCUACUUUUAAGCAGGUGAAUCUGAAACUCUGCAACUGGCAAUACUCUACAAGCUUUUUAACAUGGUUGGGUCUUUCCCAUUUAAUGUUGCUGUUGUUUUAAACUGUAGCAUAUUAUCGGACCAGUGUCCAGAGAACUAACUUAUGUCACAUAUAACUGUCGAUAUCUGUAGCAGCAUUUAGUUUUAGGGUGUGCUGUAUUGCACAUUUCUUUGCUGUGGAAUCUUUGCAUACUGGUCAAAUGAAGUGGAAAUCUUGAAUUAGCAGCAGAGCUACAAUUUUGAACAUGUUUGGAGGGGGUAGAAACUAAAAUAUAUAAAACGAUAUAAAACUAAAAUCGUUUUAUUUUAGGGCAAGACAGGGUAGGCUUGUUACUUGAAGGCCUUAUUUCUGGGCAUGAUGCAUCAAAUAGCACGCAAAUAUAUUUAUGCGACCAAAAAUACUGUGUGGAUCAGCCCUUUUGACCGUUUGUCUCUGAAAAUUAAUCAGAGUUAAUUAAUUGAAACGUUGACAAUUCAUUGACACCAUUGUGUUGAAAUAAUAAUAAUAUACUUAUUUCACAGUACAGAAUGAGGGAGAGUUUUUUGCAUAACAGUAAAGAGAAUAGACCUUAUUCAAGCUAGUGCCAUCUUUGAUUUUUAAUGGGAAUGACAAUGAGGCUGUGAGGGACGACUUACAGUCCCUUCAAUGGCACCAGCGGUAUAAAGCUGUAUAAAGCUCUUAAAUCACAUCUGAUUUUCCACAACUCAUGUAGUCUGGAGUUCUUUGUAUACUGAAUGUUCUUGGACAGAUAUUUUAUCAAUGUUUUGUCUGCGGAACGAUCCAAAGACACUUUAAACUGCAGUACAGCCCAUUGUAGAGACUGUAAGUCUAUCCCUCACAGCCUUGUUGUCAUUCAAAAUCAAAGACGGCACUAGUGUGAGUAAGGUCUAUAGGGGAGGGGUCAAAACGCAAAAACUCCUGUCCAGUGUCCCACAAAACGUCCUAAAAAUAUGCUUAAUUUUGAGGUGAAAUUUGACUCGACCAUGUUUUCCUGAGAUUCAGGCAUGUAUCAUCUCAAACGUAUUAACCUUUGACUUUUUAGACUCUUUAGAAACAGGAUCCAGCUACAUUCGUGAUGACUGUAGUUUGGAUUUGGUAUGCUAACAUGUUACAAUAAUGUGUUACAUUGUUUUUUGUGUGUUUUACCUCCUCAGAGACUGGGAAACGUGGCAUAGUGCAAUGCAGUCCUGCUCUCUUCCAUUUGAUUGUCCAAAUGUGUCCACACGUUUUGCCCUGAAGAUGUUGUUGCAUUGAGUAUUACGUGUUUACACACUUUGACAGAUUAAUUCUAUUGUAACAGUGCCAAUCACAAAAGAAAACUUUAUGCUGAAGAUUUGAUUUCUAUCCCCCAAUUGUUAUAUAAGAUAAGCCUGUAAAUUCCCCACUGUGUAUUAAAAAGGCACUUUAACAUUUUGUGGAGCUGAAUUUAUGAUGAUAAUCUGAAACUACCACUGUGUGUGGAUUGUGCAGUAAUAAUAUAUCUGAGGGAUAUAAUAUGUCUUUCAAAAUAAUGUAGGGACAAUUACUGUGUAAUUGGCCACAUUUGACUGUUGACUGACCCCUGGUGCCUUCGACAUCGUUUCAUCUUACAUUGUUUUUAUUUUAUUUUUUAUUAGAUGGUUAUAUUCUGAACAGAUGGCAAUGUGCAGUUAAUUUUAUGCCCACUUAUCAAUUUGUGGGGAUGUUUGUGAUCUGUGCAACAAAUUUGAUAACAGAUCAAUGAAUGUACGGAGCCAAUAAACUGUAAAUAACGAAGAAUAAGAAGUGUUUAACAAGAAUACUUGUGACAUUCUCGAAUUCAAGCUGGUACAGUUCAUGCAGACAGUUUCUGAAUGUAAAUUAUAGUUGUCUUAUGUGUGUUAUGAUAACUCUUAUAUUUCUCUGUGAAUAACAGCCUCUUUAAUAGAGAGACCUGGGCAAAGCCAAUGUUCAAAUGUCUUGUUUUGGUGUCACUUCACACUGUACGUUUAAUAAAAUUGGUUUUAAAAAGA